AUGUCUGCCGUUCGGACAUAUGGCAAGAAAGGCACAAAGAGAAACCUGGACUCAGGACCCGUGCAGAGUUCUUCUAAAAAGCCAAAAAUCGACUCGAUAGUACCUUCCACACCAAAAGCUGCUCAGGACUACCUCUCUCACAUCUUCGACACCGACCUUCCUUCUCCAGCACCCUCGACUCCGAAUAGGUUAUCCAAACGCAUGCUUGGACGGUCCAAAACUGAACCCACACUGGGAGAUUCGAAAGAUUCUCUAGAGUCAAGUAGUAAAAGCUUACUGGAUAAAACAUCUUCACUCCCUUCCUUUACAUCUCCGCCUAAACGCUCUAUUCCUCCACCAUCAGAGCCAUCUUCUUCUCCCCAACGUCCAGCAAUGAAUCACAAGCGCACUUAUGCUGGCAAGUCGCGGUCAUUUCUUGUGGCAAUGCCUGCCGACCGGUCUCUUCCGGAGGAACUACAAGACGAUUACAACAAUCGGGAAUCCUAUGCCGUUUUACGCAGUAGAUGGGGAGUAGACAAUUCUGAAGAUGAUCCUUAUCCGGAACCUCUUUCUCCCCUGAAGUCCAACACCACUACCCCGAGCGGUUCACCGUCAAAAGGAAAGGGAAAAGGACGAUUGAAGCAAGAAGUCAAUGUGCCAGCUGAUAUUAUUCAACCAUUAAGGAGCAUAACAGAAAUUCGAAAUAAAGGAGAGAGCAGAAGGUUCUUGGAUGAAGUUGGGUAUCUUCUGGAAGGCAUGGGCAAGGACGAAACACCGGCUUUGAAGAAAGCUAGUGCUUUAGAAAUAAUCAGCCGGCUCUGUGAACCCGACUUUGUUCGUCAAGCGAAAGCCGCAGACUUCCUGCAAAGUACUUGGGAUGCGUUUAUCGAAGCUGGCGGUGGAACAGGAGAAGACAAGGUUCUCGAUACUUUGAUCGUAGCUUUUGCAGCCCUGGUAUCUCGGGACCUUCUUUCUUUGACAGACUUGGCGCAACGGGUCUCUCCAUCCUCAAGCACUUCUUCACACCCAUCAUUCACCACAAUUCUCUUCUCUCUUGUCGCUUCUCUCACACCAGAAACCGACCCACUUCUCAUCAUAUCACAGAGUUCGACCCCCGAUGGUCAACUGAAAAGGCUCGGGAUCAUGAAGACGGACCGUGCUAUCCUCAAAACCUUACAUUCUGUGAUCACAUCGCAAGCUCGUAUUUUUCAUUCAAAGACACCUAUAUCCGAUGCCCUUUUAAUCACCCAUACACUAGCCACGGUUCCCGUGGAGCUCUUAUCAUGCGCCCACAUGUCUCUCCUCCUGCAAUCCCUUCGUGCUCAGUUGCAAGCAGCAAUAGAUGGCCUUUCUUCCAUCACCAGUCUUGCAAAUGUAGAUUCCGCAAGUGGCAUCACCAAGCCUUCCUCGUCCUCUAAAUCGACUCAUACCACGUCAUAUACAUCAACCCUAGCGUCAUUGCAUCUCAUUCCUUUUUCCGUCAUCCAUACCCUUCUGGCUCUUCUUGAUGGUUAUCUAUUAGCGCAAUGGGCACCUUCGCGGGAGGUUGAUCAUGCAAAUUGUCGCCGUCUUCUCGAUGAGGCUCGGGACGAAUGGCUAGCGGAUGGUCUGGUAGCGGUGGGUAUAACUGCUGAACUUUCGACAACUCUUGCUUUACCUAUGAAGAGGAAGGAUAAACAUAGAACCGGAAUGGAUGCUUCAAGCCGGUGUACGGAAAUUAUCUUCCGGGUGCUCGUCAGUCUUACGCACUCUGAUCCCCUUUGGGGUCAAACCCUAACCAAAAAUAGUCAAGCAAUGAUGUUUAUCGUUAGGACAAUUGUCAGGGCAGAUGAUUUUUGGGGCACAAUCAUGGCAGGGGCCCGUCGAUCUUCUAUCUCAUUGUUGACUGGACGGACUGCCAUUAACGGAAAGCAUAAUUCCAAGAACACGGAGAAACCCACAACUCGCACGAAGGUGGAGAAAGUGGAAGAGGAUGGCAAAACAACAGAUUAUGACUCUGAGGAUUACGGAAAUGGCAAUUUUGAUCAACCCACGACAGUAACGGAACGCUCGUCACCAACUCGUGCACUGGAUUGGCUUUGUCUUUCGCUUGGCCUUAUAACGAAUCUCGUUCAGGUGGUUGACGAGGCGAAAAUCAUACUCAGGGAAACCAUGUUAGACCCAGACUGUAUCCAAAAAACCAUUCCAUGUAUCCGCGUUUGUUCAUGUCGCAGGCCUACGAGUGUGCUCAAGCUCUUAGUCUCCACGUACGAACACCAACUUCCAUUCAUCUCUGUUCAUUCAACAAGACCCGUCGUGAAAAUACCGGAAAUCCCACUCACGCUGGAAACAGAACAACAAGAACAACAAGCGGAAGCAGACGCCUCCUUUUUGUUAGGACAUCUUUCUGUUCUUUUCGGGCUGCUCAUGAUGGACAGCUCAGAAAACCAGGAAAUCGUGUUAGAUUCGCUGCCGUUACUCCAUCUGGGACAUGAAGACAUCAAGCCAAACUCUAAUAGUAAACACAAAUUGAAACAGCAGAAACUUGGUCAGCUAGUCGAGAACGCGUCUGAGUUGGGCGUGUUCUAUACUGUUAUCAGCCGUAGAGGGCUAUCUGGCAACGGGAUAGCCGCGGAUACUCCCGAUCCGGGACAAAGCCAUGAAGAGAACGAUGCUGCUAGAGGUGCAGAUGUAGCCAAGGGGGUCAUAUCGUUCUUACGGUAUCUACUCGAUAGUCUUUAG